UGAAUUCCUUCCAUUGUUACACACAUAUAUAUCAUCCCCCCCCCCCAAUUUUUGCACCCCCAUUGGACCCAUUCAGAGAACCUCUACCAUGGAAGACUACCUUCAAGUUCAGCAACAACAAGAGUUGCACCUACCGCCGGGGUUCAGGUUUCACCCGACGGAUGUGGAGAUCAUUACUUCCUACCUAGUACCCAAGGUGUUGAAGAAACCCUUCGACACCAGGGUAGUCACGGAGGUGGAUCUGAACAAGCAUGAGCCGUGGGAACUCCCCAAUAUGGCAAUCAUGGGGGAGAAGGAGUGGUACUUUUUCUCCGAGAAGGACCACAAGUACCCAACCGGGAUACGGACUAACAGAGCCAUGACCACCGGCUAUUGGAAGGCCACCGGAAAAGACAAGGAGAUUUUCCAACCAUCGACCAUGAGUCUCAUCGGCAUGAAGAAGACGCUAGUCUUCUACAUGGGCACGACGCCAAAGGGGGAGAAGACCAACUGGAUCAUGCAUGAGUACAGGCUCAAGAGCGGCAAGCAGCCAUCACCCGAUGUGCCUAGCGACAUCACCAAUGCCACAAUCAUUAACACAUCUUCCAAGGAGGACUAUGUGGUUUGCAGGAUCUUCCAUAAGAGCACUGGACUAAAGAAGGUGGUUAUGUCAUCGUACACCAUGCCCAUGCCCAUGCGUGUGGGAGCAGAGCACCAACAUGGCUUCCUCGAAUCCUUUACAUUGCCUCCGCUCAUGGACUACAAUGCAUCAUCAUCGUUGACGCCACCUUUGUCACUGCCUGCAGCUUCUUCGUACCAGCUACAAGCCACCAGGCCUGCCGCAUUGAUGAUGGAUGACACAUUGCUCCCGAUGAUGAAUGGUGACUACAUUGGUAACCACCACCACCAGAUGUUGGUUGCCCCACCACAGCCGUUGAUACCGUUCUACCACCACCACGUGGAGCAACAACAACACCCGAUGAUGCAGAUGCAGAUUAUGGAAAUGGAGAUGAGUGCGGACCAGGGCUUCAUGGUCGGGAUUGAGCCUGGGAGCGAACCUUCGUCCAUAGUAUCACAGGAGGAUGUCAUGAUCGGGCUAAAAAACAAUGACUUGGGCAACGGCUCCACAGCAACCCCCGACGAGAUCUCGUCGGUGAACAUGGGUAUGGAUGGCAUGUGGUAGUUCUGAUGAUUAGAUUAUCCAAUAUAACAUAUGUGUGUGUGUGUGUGCAUGCAUGCAUGAAUUAAUCAUCCAUGAGAAGAUGAGUGAUAUAUACCAACAUGUGUAUUGGUUUGUACCUUAAUGUAAUUUUUUAGCGUGAUCAAAAGAGAGUUUGUAUGCAUUGCUUGACUUGCAUUGCAUCUCUUGUGCUAAUAUUGUCUGUAUGUGUGCUGGCUUGUAUGUGCU